UAUUUACUUUAUAUAUACAGGUAAGCAACCAUCAUGGCAGACGAUGAGCAAGAUCCUAAAGAAUACCGGUGGGAGACUGGUUACGAGAAAACUUGGGAGGCAAUCAAAGAAGACAAGGAUGGUCUGGUGGCGGGCCUGGUGGCGGAGUUCGCUCAGAAGGCGGCGCGCAAGGCGGCGACCCCCCGGCGCGGGCCCAUCCGUCUCGGCAUGAUGCGGCAUCUGAUUGUUGCCAUAGAUUGCUCCGAAGCUAUGAGCUUACAGGACCUGAAGCCUACGAGAUUCUUGUGCACUAUCAAGAUGCUAGAAAAGUUUGUAGAAGAAUUCUUUGAUCAGAAUCCCCUCAGCCAACUGGGGAUCAUAGCAAUGAAGAACAAGAGAGCUGAGAGGAUCACAGAACUGUCUGGAAAUAUACGGAAACACUUAAAAGCAGUUCAGAGCUUAUCCAACAUACCCCUAACGGGCGAGCCAUCACUCCAGAACGCGCUGGAGCUGGCGGGGCGCGCGCUGCGCCCGCUGCCGGGGCACGCCUCGCGCGAGCUGCUGCUGCUGUUCGCCGCGCUCACCACCUGCGACCCGGGCGACAUCGCCGCCACUAUACAGGGUCUCAAGACUGACGGUAUCCGGUGCUCAGUGAUUGGUCUAGCAGCUGAAGUGAGAAUAUGUAAGAAAUUGUGUCAAGACACUGGCGGAGAUUAUGGGGUAGUACUAGACGACGUCCACUACCGCUCGCUCCUACUAGCCAGUACUCAGCCGCCGCCGCGCGCGCGCUCGCUGGACGCGGGGCUGGUGAAGAUGGGGUUCCCGCACUCGGCCCCCGCCGCGCCGGGCAGCGCCGACCCGCCCGUCACUGUCUGCAUGUGCCACCUAGAAGAGGGCGAGGGCAUCUGCGGCGACGGGCACUUCUGCCCGCAGUGCCGCAGCAAGUACUGCUCGCUGCCGGCGCAGUGCCGCACCUGCGGCCUCACGCUGGCCUCCGCGCCGCACCUGGCCAGAUCAUACCAUCACCUGUUCCCGGUGGAGUCGUAUGAGGAGAUGCCGUACACGGGGCAGGCGCCGCACUGCUUCGGCUGUUUACGAGCCUUUACUGACACUGAUAAACAGAUUCACAAAUGCUCCCGUUGCUUGGAGCACUACUGCUGGGAGUGUGAGAUGGUGGUCUCGACCACACUGCACGUGUGUCCCGGCUGCGCCUCCCGCCCACACCUCUACCAGAGAUUACCCGACUCGUGAGAACCAUGAGUGUAAUAUGUGUAAGAUAAGAUUUAACGAGUGAUGAGAUAUGAGUGUAAUAAGUGCGAAAAUGAAAAACUUUGUAAGUUGUCAUUAAAAAUAUUUAUUAUUUUA